UCGUUGUAAGGCUAUCUAUGGAAGACAAUUCUUCCCGCAAGAGUUGCUUGUCGCAAACCUCACACAUGUACUAUAUGCUUUUGCCAAUAUUGAUCCAGAAUCUGGAGCUGUGUAGGCUAUUAAAUCUCCACCGUAUAAUGGUUGUUAAUCGAUCCUAGAUAUUUGUCGGAUCUCUGGGCAGAUAUAAAUGCACCAUUGCUAGGGAAUUCUUCACAAAGCUCCGAUGCUAAUCUCUAUGGCUGUUUUCAGCAGAUGUAUAUCUUGAAGAAACAAAAUAGAAAUCUCAAGGUACUACUAUCUAUAGAGGUUGGACAUACUGUGAGAAAGUUGGAAUUAUAGGCCAAAUACAUAAAGGUUUUUAACUAGUCAAUCACAUGACCUCCUGUAGUUAGAUAUAAAAGAAGAGCUUUUUGCCUCUUCUUUUCACAAUAACCAACCUUCUACAUAUAUACAUUUGAACCCACAUAGCAUCAACCCCAAAACCAUUGUGAAUCCCGUUUUCUCUAUAAGUGACGUGUUACAAUGUAAUCUAAUUCAGCUUUCUCUUCCAAUUCCCUCCUCACAGCGUGCUAUCGGGACGCACGUAUCUCGACCUACCACUUUUACAAUACUCUUCAAACUUUCCUGCAGCCGCAUCUACUAUUUCCAAAAGAGCUACAUUUGCGUCAUCCGUAGUUUCUCUAGUUCAAAAUCUAGGUUUAGAUGGGAUUGAUGUUGAUUGGGAAUAUCCCUCAGAUGAUAUUGAGGCAAAUGAUUUCGUAUUAUUGCUCCAAGAAGUCAGAGAUGCUCUUGAUAGAUUUGGUGACUCGUUACAGAGCCCUUAUUAUUUUCUCCUUACUGUUGCAAGUCCAGCCAGUCCUGCUGUAUGUCAAAAUUGGCAACUAUCGGAAAUGGAUCAGUAUGUGGAUUUCUGGAAUUUCAUGGCCUAUGAUUACUCUGGUCCUUGGAGCACUGUUUCCGCUCAUCAAGCAAAUCUAUCUCCUUCCGGAAAUGGGUCAACUCCAUUUAAUACACAAACGGGCAUCAGCUAUUACAUUGCUCGCGGUAUUACUUCAGCCAUGAUUGUUUUAGGGAUGCCUAUAUAUGGAAGAUCAUUCGAGCAAACGAAUGGAUUAGAUCAAAGCUUUCAGAUGUCGGACAGGGAACCUGGGCUUCUGGAGUCUAUGAUUAUAAGGUAUUACCUUUAGCAGGGGCUACGGAGGUAUACGAUAAGAAGAUCGGCGCUAGUUAUAGCUGGGAUACUUCAAAAGGAGAAAUUAUCAGCUACGAUAAUCCUAUGGUCGCUAUUCAAAAAGCCGAAUGGAUUCAAUCCAUGAACCUUGGUGGCGCAAUGUGGUGGGAAACUAGUGCUGAUGGACGAGGUUCCAGAAGUCUCAUCGGAAGUGUGAUGAGUGUUCUUGGAGGUCAUAUACAAAACGUAACAAACCAGCUAUCAUUUCCAAACUCCACUUACGCCAAUAUUAGAAACGGUAUGCCUGGAUUUUCAAAGUUGCCUUUAUUCAGUAUUACAAGCCCGAAAACCAGCACUUGCUAUUCAACGAAAGCGUACACAAGUUCGGGCUUGGAUAUUCCAUCCAGUCUUUUAGACAUCACUACUACCAGUUCACCUUUGGAGGCCACAACCGCCGUCGGUUCAUCCCAAGGAACCACAACCACCAGUUCAUCCCAAGGAACCACAACUGUUUCAGAUAGUUCCUCUGUUACUAAUGUCUGUUCACUCGUCAGCGAUUGUUCCAUCGUUACAAAACUCUUUUCUUAUUCAACACCAACACCCAUAACUCUAACAUUUUGUAUAUGUAACAGUUUUUUUUUUGAUGUUCAUUAUGCUGUAUUAGGUGCAAGUACUACUACUUAUUGCGGUAAUACCUUUAUCGGUUCCUGUUGGUUUCACAAGAAUUAAUAACGGAAAAUUACCUAUUUCUACCACGAGGACGACAAUACUACCGAUACCAACCGAAAAGACUACUACAGCAAUAACAACGACAACAAUGUUAUCUCCAAAACGAAGAUCUGGAUGCAAUCCAAAUCUGGAAUGUUACACGAGUAGUACUAGGAUAGUAGGGCCUGGAUACUCACCUACGGGUUUGGUAUGUGCAACAGAUACCAAUAAUGAUCCAGUAUGUAUUGGGGAUUUUAUUUGUUUACAUACACAGUCUUGCACAACCAACGGAGACUGUGCUCAAGGAGAAGCAUGCAUCUUUGAUUGUUGUCCUUGUACUACGAAUGAUUCCACGUGCACAUCUCGGCAUUGUACACAAUUGAAAGCCGGAUGCUUGGAGUCAAACUAAAAUUAGAAUUAAGAUAAAAGAAGAAAGUAGUAGUCGCUGUAUCUUUAGAAUAGCAAGAUUGGCAGCCUUUAAAAGGCCUCAGAAAAUAUACGUCAAUUCCUCCCUCAGUCUGAUCACGGCUCGAUCAUCAUUACGACACGAUCAUCACAAGUUAAGCAGGGUAUACGAAUUCAUGUUCAGAGGCUAGAUGUCAGGGAAGGUCUUGAGAUUGUGUCUAAUAUGUCAGGGCGUAAGGGCAUUGAAAAGGGUAUGUUGGUAUAAUUGAUAGUGGGAACAAAGAUAAUACUAAUAAGGCAGAUUCUGAUGCUAUAGCACUCGUCAAGGAACUCGACGGCCUACCACUUGCUUUAUCUACAGCAGGGGUAUAUCUCGAGAACGUAACGACGAGCUUUUCGGAUUAUCUUCAGCUCUAUAAGACAUCAUGGUUGAAGCUUCAGAUGACAAGUCCCCUGUUGGAUUCCUAUGUAGAUCGUACACUAUGUACGACAUGGCAGAUCACUUUCGAUCGGAUCCAACAGCAGAAUAAAGCAUCAGCAAAACUACUCAAGCUAUGGGCAUAUUUUCAUCGACAGGACCUGUGGUUUGACCUCCUUCGGCAUGCAAACUCUGUAGACGAUGAAUGGAUCCAGAAGCUUACGAAGGACGAACUGAACUUUAAUGAGGCCAUCACUCUAUUAUGUACCUUCGGACUGGUUGAUCCAGACAGGUCUCCUCAGCAGCAGGUCGGGACUAGAGGGUAUAGUGUGCAUAGUUGUGUCCACUCAUGGAUAGUGUUUGUGCUUAACAAGGAGUGGGACAAGAGCCUUGCACAUCUGGCUUUAACCUGUGUGGCCUCGGAGGUUCCUGAUACAAAUGAAAAGUACUGGUGGCUCUCACAGCGGCGGCUCCUUCAACACGCAACACGACAGGCCUUCUUUAUAGAAGACGCCAAGGUAGAUAUAGACGGACUAUAUUGGGGGUUUCACAGCCUAGGCAACCUCUACAGAGACCAAGGCAAGCUAGCAGAGGCGGAGAAGAUGUAUCAUCGAGCGUUGGAAGGUAAAGAGAAGGCACUUGGACCAGACCAUACAUCAACACUCGAUACAGUCAACAACCUAGGCAACCUCUACAGAGACCAAGGCAAGCUAGCAGAGGCAGAGAAGAUGUAUCAUCGAGCGUUGGAAGGUAAAGAGAAGGCACUUGGACCAGACCAUACAUCAACACUCGAUACAAUCAACAACCUAGGCAACCUCUACUCUGACCAAGGCAAGCUAGCAAAGGCAGAGAAGAUAUAUCUUCGAGCGCUGGAAGGCAAUGAGAAGGCACUUGGACCAGACCACACAUCAACACUCGAUAUAAUCAACAACCUAGGCAACCUCUACUCUGACCAAGGCAAGCUAGCAGAGGCGGAGAAGAUGUAUCUUCGAGCGCUGGAAGGCAGUGAGAAAGCACUUGGACCAGACCACACAUCAACACUCGAUAUAAUCAACAACCUAGGCAGCCUCUACUCUAACCAAGGCAAGCUAGCAGAGGCGGAGAAGAUGUAUCUUCGAGCGCUGGAAGGCUAUGAGAACGCUCUUGGUCUUGAACUUGCCUCGUCUUAUCUACCGGCGUUGAAUACUAUGUUCAACUUUGGAGACCUCUUCUCGCAAACUGACCGGAAAGACAUGGCAAGGGCAAUGUAUAAUCGAGCAUUGUCUGGAUACACAACCGUCCAAGGGCCUUCCUCUAAAUGGUCUAGGCAGGUUGAAGAUCGGCUUCAAUCGUUGCAAGUUGCGUCUGCUGGGUCGAAUGUAGGUCGAAAUGAGUUUACAGAGCCUGAAGUAGCAAAUUCGAGGUCUUUGAAGCAGAAAAUCCGCAAGCUAGGAAGGUGGCUGAAAAUUAGAUAAGCUACAAGGGCUUCUUUCUUAUGGUUCUGCCAUUAACUUACAAGUAUUGAUGUAAUUAGAGAUAGCAGAUCUGACAUCUCUUUUAACUUCUGGUCCAGAAUCGACCGCCGUUGUAAUGACCCUGCAUAGCCAUUCUUCUCCUCACUAGCGCCGAACAAUAGAAGCUUACUAAGCUAUUGGCCGAUUUUGGCCGAGCUGCUGAUCGGUGCUGAAAAAGAUGAAAAGCGACAUUGAUUUCACUUCUGAAGAACAGUAUAGUAUCCUUUACAUUAUGCUUUUGUUUAUGCCCCAUAAGUGUCCUCACAGCUCAUCACUUUACCAUAGAACAGUAAGCCUCUUCGAUAUUCAGCCCUAGAGCCAAGAGGAAUCCCGCCUUUACAGUGAUGGAUAGAUCGCCAACGAAUUCCAUGAUGACCUGAUGACAGAAUCUGUAAGGGUUGUAAGAGUGCCAAGAGGAGCACGGUAUCAGCGCACCAGACCGCGAUGACCUAGCAAACACGUUGAGAAUAGCUCAGACGAUGACGACAGCAAAACAGCGGUGUGCUCGGUGAUAAGAGGCCACACUACCCAAGAUACAUAACAAGGGCAUAAUGGCAGCGGGCACAAUAGCGGGCAUAAUGAUAGCAAACAAUAGUCAUCGCAGGGUAUAAUAAGAGAAUCAUUGUAGAGCAAGCACAGCAAUAACACCAAAGGCUUGUACAACCCAUUAUAUCAGAAACCAAUGCAGAUUAAUAUUAACUCUACUUUAUAGCAACAAGUCUCGAAGGCAGCACGAGCUUACCUCAACCAAGGAUCAAUUCUAUCAACUCUAUUAAAAUAUCGUGCGGCAGUCUCUCGAUAA